GCUUUCUCCUUCCCACUCGCCGUCGCUGGACCAGCCCAGCAACUAUCGCAACCACUGAAAGAAAUGAUUCAGAUCAUCACAUUCAUAAGAUCAACGAUGAAUUUCUCAGCUCCAAUAUUAAUGGACGUCAAGAGUGAUGAGGUCUACAAAUUGACCUACGUUGAAAAAGCAGGCCCGUUCCCAUCCGAGACAUUCCGCGCAGCAAUCUGUGCUCUACACGAGCUCAACACAGCCCGCAUACUGGACCAAACAGAUCGCGAAGCCUUUCAGACGACCAUAAACCAGCUAGAUGAUGUUUUCGCCACUAUUGACAACGGCGCGGAGCCGGUUUCUAAAGCCUUUAUUUGGAUUUCAGAAUCCUCCCCUCGGUUCUUUGAUCUGCUGCGGCAACGGCAUCCCUUCGCAUUGGUUGUAUUAGCUCAUUAUUGUGUUGUUCUUCAUCGCUUGAGAUGGCUUUGGUGGAUAUCAUCUUGGGGUCGGCGUAUACUUGCUGAGAUUAGCGGGACAUUGGAGAAUGAGUGGAAGCCUUUUGUGGAAUGGGCUCUCAAUGAAACUGCUCUUGAGUGCCUGGAGUCAUAA